AUGGACCACCGCCGCGGGCUAAUGGCGAGCCGAGCCGACGGGGAGACUUUCUGCCCCCGGCUUUGGGGCCGUGGGGGCGCGCGCCUAACUCCUAAUUUAUAUCCGAGGACCAGCUCAUCGCGACGCCGCCACCGGUGCUUCGUCGUCGGGACGCGUGGUGGGGCGCCGUUUCUGACGCAGCCGAGAGACCGUCGCCUUCAGUGUGGGGGCGAGGGAAGCUCGACAUCAUUUCCUGGUCUGGAGACGGUGCGCUGUGAUGCGGACUUACUUUACAUGAGCAGGUAUCGAAGUAAUUAA